AAGAAAAGCAUCGGUGCUUUUGUGGUGUUUCUCUCGUGGUCGCAUCGUGUUCCAGCUGAUAUUAUAAUUUAUUGUGCGGCAAGUGUUUAAGAAAACCCAAGACUUCUGGCUAUAAGGGGUCGCCAUGGGGCAUCCACCUCGACUGUCGAGGACCACCCUCGCCUGUCUAUUACUUUUAUUCGUCACCGUUGAAUCAGCCAGCAAAUGCACAGUCGGCUGUCAUGGAAUGCACCCGAGCAAAGCAUACCAAGAAGGUCACACGUACGUCUACGAUCUGCAUGGUAUGUCGGUGACGUCCGUCACCGAAGCAGAAGGGGAUGCCACCCUUAAAUUGUCCGCCACCGUGGAACUGUCUGUCAAACCAAACUGCGUCCAUCAGUUGCGGCUGAAGAACGUCCGGUUCAAUGGAGCGCCUGCAUCCACGCCGGACGUUGAACAGUACGCGGUUCAAUUCAAUUAUCACGAUGGACACAUUGACACGGAGCUGUGCACCGAGCCAGGUGACUCCCAAGGAUCUCUUAACAUCAAAAGAGCAGUUGUCUCGCUGUUCCAGUCGGCUGUUAUGCAAGAAAGUGGUACGACGACUCACCACGAGACCGACGUGAUGGGAGCUUGCCCGACCGACUUCUCCUUCCACAAGGAGGGUGACACCAUGGUGGUCCGGAAGAACAGGAACCUUGUACAGUGCGCCUACCGCGAGAACAUCAAUCAGGGUCUGAUUUCAGCCAGCGUCGACACGGCGGCGGGCAUCAAGUCAUCUCCUCUGCUCGCGUCUCAGCAAGGUGUCGUUCAACGCUUCAAACGCGGUGUUCUGACCGAGGCAGUGUCCAAAGAGGCCUACGAAUUAAGGCCAUUCAGUAAUGGUAACGCGGGUGCCAAGACCGCCAUGGAGACCAGACUAGCCCUGAAGAGCGAGAAGGCUGACAACCCGACCGCGGCAGUGUCCCAACCUAAAUCUCUGAUCUUCGAAGCGCCUCAUCCGGUGUUGCAAUCAUCCGCAGAUGCCAUCAGUAACGCGCUAAAAGCUGCUAAGGCUGAAGUGGCCGCAGGAGUGAAACCAGAAGCAGCUAGCAAAUUCACUGAGCUGGUCAAGGUUCUCAGACUGAGCAACAAAAAUGACAUUCUAUCGGUUUACCAAAAGAUGAAACAAGGCGCUGGUUUCAACAAGGAGGACCAGAAGCUGUUCCUGAACACUCUGUUCCGAGCUGGAAGCGGCGAAGCAGCGGAGGUUGGAGUGGAACUGGUGAAGAACAAGGAGAUCUCCGGCAUCGAUGAGCUCUUCUUCUACGCGAGUUUGGCUUUGGUACAUCACGUGAAUCUGCCUUCGGUGACGGCCGUCUCUACUCUGUUGGACCAACCUAAUCUACCUCGACUCGGCUACCUGGGAAUUGGACAGCUGAUAGGCAAGUACUGUCAGGACCACUCGUGCGAGAACGUACCCGAAGUGAAGGAGGCUGUGCACAAGAUUCGCGAGAAGGUGGGCAACGGCAAGGCUAAGACCAGGGAGCAGGAGAACCUCGUCGUAUCCGCCCUGAAGGCACUGGGUAACACUCGCUUCCUGGAUGACGCUACGCUGCAGAAGUUGGCCAACAUCGCAGCCGACAAGAACGUCCGCAAUCGCGUCCGAGUGGCUGCCCUAGACGCUCUGCCCAAUAGAUGCUCGAUGAAAUGGAAGAAUACCGUGUUCAAGGUACUGGCCGAUCGCGAGGAGGACAGCGAGGUCAGGAUCAGGACGUAUCUUGCUCUAGUCGCCUGUCCUUGUCCCCACGUAGCUAAUCACCUUAAAGAGGUGCUGGACAAAGAGACAGUUAACCAAGUGGGAUCCUUCAUCCAGACUCACCUAAGGAACCUAAGAGCUUCCACCGAUCCCAACAAACAGGAAGCUAAGAAUCAACUAGGACUGAUCAAACCACGAACCAAGUUCCCUGAAGAUUUCCGGAAAUACUCCUUCAACAAUGAACUCUCCUACAAGAUCGACGCCUUUGGUGUUGGAUCCAGCCUGGAGAGCAACGUGAUCUACAGUCAGAACAGCUUCGUGCCACGCUCGACGAACUUGAACAUGACGAUGGAACUGUUCGGACGCAGCUUCAACUUCCUGGAGCUGGAGACUCGUGUGGAGAACCUGGACCGAGUGCUCGAACGUUACCUGGGACCUAAGGGAAAGCUCUGGGAGAAGGACCUGGAGGAUCUGAAGGCCAGCGGCACCGACACGGUCAAAGACCUUGGAAAAUACAUCAAGGAACGAUUCGCGAAGACCGUGCGAGGAAAGCGAGAGGUGAAACAAGGAGAAUUGGACAAAUUCGCGAAGAACGUUCACCUGAGAGGCAACGAGGUCGACCAGGACUUGGAUCUUGAUCUCUCGGUUAAGUUAUUCGGCGUUGAGCUCGCUUAUCUUAGCUACCAAGGCGACAGCAACAAGUUGAACCCAGAAGUUAUCGUCGACAAGGUCUUCGAACGCUUGGAGAAGGGUUUCGACAUCGCCAAGAACUUGAACUACGACCUUGAAAACUAUAUGCAGUUCCUGGACGCCGAAUUGGUAUAUCCAACUGGUUUGGGAACUCCCUUGAACCUUGGUGUAACCGGAAGCAGUGUGGUCCGCAUGAAGACCAACGGAAAGCUCGACAUCCCAGCUAUCCUGAAGGACCCGAAGAACGCCAACUUCAGAAUCGCCCUCGACCCCAGCGUGUCCGUCAACAUCGUUGGAAACAUGAUCGUCCAAGGUCUAGGAGCUGAAGCUGGAAUGAAAAUCAUCAGCACCCUUCACACGGCCAGCAGCACGGACGUAACCGUCUCCGUACUGGACGGCAAGGGCGUCGACGUCAACUUUGGCAUACCAAAGAGGAAGCAGGAACUCAUCAGCGUCAGCAGCGAGGUGUUGCUCAGUUCUGGAGCGAAAGGUGACAAAUACGUGGCUCCCAAAUUUGGAAAGGGUAAAUCGCACUCGGACUGCUUCGAUCAAUUCUCCACCAUCCUUGGUCUUACGGUCUGUGGACAGAUCUCCUACCCGUAUGAAGAUCUCGCCACCAUCCAACAGAAACCAUUCUUCCCAUUGAGCGGACCAGCUAAAUUCGCAGUCACCGUUGAAAACAACGAUGUGAACAGCUACCACUUCAAGGUCUACCUGAAUACUCAGGAUCCGAAGAAAAAAUCCUUCGAGAUCCUCCUGGAUACACCCAACAGCAAGACCAACAGACACGUGUCACUGAACCUGGAGGCUGGUCUCGAACCCCACAAGUACGUCAAGGUCUCCGUCGACUCGCCCAUCAAGAAGGCUUCCUUGGAACUGAUACACAAGGACACACCUCAGGAACGCAGCCUCACCCUUACCGCGUUCCACGAUCAGAUGGAAUACUACGCUCGCAUUGGAGUGUUGGCCUCCGGAAGCAAAUACAAACCGGUGCUGGAGUACAGAGUACCCGAACACAUCGAGAAACUGGCCAGCGCGAAGACUGGUCUGAAGUCGGGACAACAUUACAACGUCGAAGGUACGGUAGAUGUUUCCGACUACCAAGGUGGUCAGAAAUACGUCCUCGACAAGGUCGCCCUGGUGGUCGGCGGUCAGAAAUUGAUCGUCAUCGACGGUUCAGCUAUAAUGACACCCACAGCUGUCAACGUCGACACGAAUCUUGGCUACGGCGAUAAGAAUCUAGCUCUGAAACUGGACGGAAAGAAGGUGGCUGACAACAACUACGCUCUGUCCGUGUCUGCCAUGCCAUCGACCGACCCCAACAUAGGAUUCAACUUGAACUGGGAAUUCAAGAGGGGAAAGAACGACCUGACGAACAAGUUGGUCUUCGUCCAUGGGGCUGAUCCAAACUCCCAGACCAAUCGUUUGUCGUUGAACCAGAACGCCGUUUACAAGCUGGACCCUAAGAACCUACUUCUGUCCACGUCCAACGAGCUCACUUAUCCAGCGCUGAACAUGAAGCUGAAGUUGGAUGGCAAAUUAUCUCGUAAAUCGAUCAGCACCGAUAUCGAGGUCAAAUACGAGACUUUCAAAUUUGGCACUGAGCUAUCUGCCAAGAAGGACAUGGAGAAACCAGGUGACUACGAGAUCGAGCUGGAGGCUGAGUUGAUGCAGAACGCUGUGGAGCUAAAGUCCAAGCGUACCGUCCUCGAUCCCCAGAAGAGCAAAUUCACGAACUCUCUGGAGCUGAAACCAGGUGGUAAAUACGAAGCUGACGCGACGGUGACCCACGACGUGAGCAAGAACAACGUGAACGUCCAACUGGACGGCGACGUGAACCUGAACGGGAAGAAGGUGAAGGUCGACACUGGCCUGGAAACUAAUCGUGAAUCCAUCAACUCUCGCGUCUUCGUGAAAGUGGAUGGCGUUAAGUACGUGGAAUUCUUGUUGAAGACCAGACGAUCGCCGCAUCCUCACGGUACCUUGACCUUGAAUCUGAAGAACUACCUGACCGCCAGUGGUCAGUACGUCUUACAGAACCAUAAAGGAAACGCCAACCUGAACAUCGACAUCCCUAAGAUCAAUCGCAAGAUCAAGGUCAACAGUGACCUUGCCAUAUCCGGCUCCGAACACGUGGCCAACUUUGAGGUCCUCUAUGACGCCGAGAAGGACCCAACGAAACGCGUCAAACUCUCCACCAUCUCUGACAUCUCUGUUGUCACGAGCUCGAAUAGAUACUCGAUAGAUACUAAGAACGUUUUAGAAGUCCUCACUUACAAGCUGGAACUGAACGCUAAAGGCAAGCUACAGGGAACCGUGUCCGAUGGUCACCUGCAGUUGGACGUGGACACCACCCUGCCGAAUGGACGUUACCUGGUCUACAAGCUCAAACGGAAUUCCGCGAAGAAGAACAACAAAUACGACAUCCAAGUGGACUCAGAGCUGAUAGACAGCGAGAAAAAAGGUGGACAGUCGAGGAAACUCGCUUACAUAGCUGACGUCAAGGACCUGAAUUUCCAAGAUCUUACCCACGGGAAGAGCUCCGCUCAACUGAAGUACGUGAACACGGAGGGUAAGGAUACGCAGAUCACCUGGGGCGGACAAGACGUCGUCCAACCGGACAAGACCAGAAUGAGGGAAUUGUCCGUCGAAGUGAGUGGAGCUAAUAUUCCAAAGAAGUUCCAGCUUGAAGCGAGUUCGAGCUGCGGUGAUAACGAGGCAGCUUACAAAGCGAAAUCCUCCUUGGGUGAUGACUUCUCACUGAUGAGCAGUGGAACAGUGAACCAGGGCAACAAAGUCGACAAACCUUCCAAGCUGGAAGGAGUCCUGGACAUGAAACUGCCCAGCGACAAGCUAAGCAACUUGAAACUUGAAAUUUCUUCAAGUAUACUGGAGGCUAUAGAAAAGAACUUGCUCGAAUACACCGAAUCCCUGAAAUUGACAUACAACAAUGACAAAACUAUCCAAGGAGAGUCGUACUUGAAACUUCAGAUCCCUGACAAGGAUCCUAACGCGGCUAGCUCUGGUACUGGAAAGCUAACGUUGAACGUUCUCCAGCAUCCACCACUGAAACUAGAAGGUAACUACGAAUACGUUCCCACCCCUGAAAAGCAGACAGCUAUGGUUGAUCUGAAUGCCAGUUACGGAGACAAGAAACUGUCCCUUCGAAGUGACAACGAGUACCUUCCUAAAGUCGCAACGGUCAAUCUGAAAGCCAAAGGCAAUGCACUUCUGGAGAAAUUACACAAUGUUGCCUUGGACCUCAAAUACAAGAGAUUCAAAGAAGAGAACAGGAUGCUAGUGGACAGUGUCCUCACUGCUGAUGGUAACAAGUAUACUUUGAACAGCGAAGUCCAGCAUCAGCCUACCAACAACGUGUUCCAUCUGACAGCUGGUUGUCCAUCAGGCAAGACUGAGGUACUCUCGAAAUUCCAGAAACUUGGAGACAAAGAAUACAAAGGUGAAUGGAAAGUGAACACCCCCAAGGGAUUCGUGGUUGCUGACACCCACGUGGACCUGGAGAGCGUCGACAACUUCGUGAUCAACGCUAACUUCGACAGUGACAAGCUGAAACACCGCAAGAUCCACGCUGAGAUCGCCAACAAACCAACUGCCAAGGCUGGAAAGAGGAUCGCCAUCACUGUAACCAGUGAUGGUCAGAACAUCGUGACUGGAAGCACGAGUUACAAGAAGCGAGACGAGGAUGGCAAGAUCGUGGUGGAAGGAAACGGAAAUCUGAAGGUUGGCGACGACACCAAGAGCUCGUCCUUCAAGUACACUCGUCAACAGCUGACAAAGGAGAAGGAUGGAGAGGUUGGUGUCGCGAUGGUGUUGAACGCUAACUUUGGACCAUCGGCAAUCGUUGGUGAAUUGAAGUUGUCGAACAAGGAGGUGCAUGUUUUCAACAGCUACUGCGAGCAGAACAAGGACUGUGCUCACUUCAAGCUUCAAUCGACCCUUGAUGUAGAACAUAAAGCUCUACUGAAACACCAAAUAACUGUGGAAGUCGACCUGAAGAAGUUCAACGUACCUGCUGAAUUUGGUUUGAAGACCAGCACAGAGUUCAAGAAACCUAUCUUCGACCAUACUACCAACCUUUAUCUUCACUCCACCAAAGACAAAACUGAAUACACCUACCAAGUGUACAUUCAUCCUAAGGAAGCAGCUACCAUCCUGACCCUGCCAUCUCGUGAAAUGGCUGUUAUCCUGACAUACGACUUGCCAAAGACCAAGCAAACUGGUGCAUACAAGGUGGAUCUGUCACUUUAUCUGGACCGGAAGAACAAGCCAUCAGAUAAGACCAGCCUGUCAGCCACUGGGGACAUAAACGUCGACAAGAACAGCCUGUCUUUUAGUGGAGAGACCAAGUUCACUUAUCCUACACAACCUAAGGACAUGGUAGUGAAAGGAAAGCUCCAUACCGGCGGAGACCAUCUGUUGGACGCCAAUCUGGACAUCGACGUGUUCGCCAAGAAAUCUCAAAAGAUCUCUAUCGUGGCUAACGUUCAACGUCAGCCGAUUGCAGAGGGUACAAAUGUGACCGGAAUGGUCGAAGUGAACAGCCGUGGACAGCAAUUGAAACUCGAUCUGAAGUCUCAUCUGACUCUGUCGAAGCAACAAGCAGGAUUUGGUACCUUCUUCACUUACAACGACGUCAAUCAAAAACCAAAGACGAUGGGUGUCCUCUCUUCGGUGGAUAUCAAUCAUGCUUUCUUCCUGGUUACUUUGCCUGACAAGGAACUGUUGAAAGACGACUGGAAGAUGGAGUUCUCUAAGAACGUGCAAAAGGUCGACAGGGAAUUAUCUGUACUGGGUGAACCACCACAUGUAAUGAACUUCGAAGCCAACGAUUUGAAUCGUUUCAAGCUCCAGGUGUAUUCGAAAGACAAACCUAAUAAUAAAUUGAGCGUGAAUGGUCAAGUAGUACUCGGUCAGUUAGCCGAAAUCCACGCAGAUUUGUUCAAGAAUGGUGGAAAGAAGGAUCUGUUCCACGUUUUGAUUCAUCUUGAUGAGAAACAAUUUUUGAAACCUGACUUUGGUUACAACAAGGACAACGUAGCUGAACUUUUGGAAUUAUAUAAAAAUAGAAACAUCGAAUUGGCUAAGAGGAAGAAGGAGCUUCUUGAUUACGUGGUCGAGGAAGUAAAAGCGGAGGGUACAGACUUACUGGAUCACCUGAAGAAGGCCCAACCUAACAUAAAGCCCCUCAUGGACUAUUAUCAGGGAGAGUUGAAUAAGAUGAAGGAUGAGGUCUACGCUGAUGAGACUGUUAAAGAAAUCCAGGCUACCUUGGACAAAUAUUUCGGUGCACUGGUCGCAAUCGUUGCGGAUACCAUGAAGCAGAUCGCCCAAGGUUUAGAAAAAUUGCAACAACAGUUGAACGGUAUCAUAACGAACGUAAGGGAAGCCAUCAAGGCGACUUAUCCUCAGCUGAAGGCGUCUUACGACAAGAUUUUCCAUGAAUUUAUGGAAAUCCUCGACGCCGUGGCGAAACUCGCGAACACUUAUCUUAAAGCGAUCUUGAAUCUCAUCAACGAGCAUCAAAAGGAGAUACAAGACGUUAUGAGCGUUGUAUCAGGAAUGACUCAAGACUUCGCGAAGAUCGUUACCAAGGGAUUAGAACAGAUCAAGCAGAAUCUCGAGGAAUUUGGUGCCAUGUUGAUUAAUCAGUUGAAGGCUCUUCCGAUUUACGAGAUGGCCAAAGAGAAAUAUCAAGAAUUACAACAGUUCCAAAUACCGGAAAUGAUUGUUAGCCCUAUCGAGGAAUUCUGUAAGGUCAUGAACACUGCCCUACCUACGGAAGAACUUCGUCAGUUCACCGAUGCCACCUGUCAAUACUUCCUCAAACACGUCAAACACGAAAAGAUUGACGAGAUGGCCGAGCUAAAGAAAUUGUACUCUCACGCAGUGACUGCGCUCCAAUCAGUUCUGGCUCUUCUACAGAAACAGGCAACAUUCGAUAACGUGUUAAACUUCGUUCAAAUCCAGGCACCCAUUGAUUUCAGCCUUUUGUCCAAACUCCCUGGCAUUUCCACUCUAAGGGUGUCUGUUUUGAACCUCUUGCGCAACAGGGAACUACCAUCGCCUCUGGAUCUGUACUACACUUAUAGACCAACCCUUUACCCAAGCGACAUCCUGCCACCAUUCAGCAAAUCAGGAGUCGUCACCGAUGGAGGACACUUCUUCACUUUCGACGGACGUCAUCUGACGAUGCCUGGAACGUGCACCUACAUCCUGGCGCAGGAUAUGCAGGACGGAAACUUCUCGGUAGUGGCGAACUACAACAAUGGAAAUUUAAUCAGUGUCACCAUCACCGAACCUAAGGAAAGCAUCACGCUCAAGAACAAUGGAAAUAUUUUGGUGAACAACAAACCGGCCGAUUAUCCGGCAAGCACGAAGAACUUGCACGCCUAUCUCGUUCCGCCGUUCGCCAAUGUGAAAUCCGAUUACGGUGUACGCGUUACCUGUACCAACAAGGUGCCUAUGGUUUGCGCCGUCCACGUUUCCGGUUUCUACUUGGGCAAACUACGCGGUCUCCUCGGCGAUGGCAACAAUGAACCGUACGACGACUAUACUUUGCCCUCCGGAAAGAUCACCGAGAGCGGAAGCGAAUUCGGAAAUGCGUACAAAUUGAAGGGCGACUGUCCGGAUGCAGCUGCAGUCGAGCACAAAGAUCGUGCUCCACUCUGCACUGAUUAUUUCACUAGCCAAAGUUCAUCAUUGAAAUCGUGCUUUAAUUACGUGAAUCCAGCUAAUUACCGUGAUGCUUGCGACCACGCGGUUGCCGCAGGUACACCUGAGGGUGCUUGCGUAAUCGCCACAGCUUAUCAUUACGCUUGUUACGCGCAAGGUGUUAUGAGUACUCGUGUCCCUUCAACCUGUGGAAGCUGCAAAGUAGGAGGAAAUAAGAUCAACAUCGGUGACACGUUCAGUGUGAAGGUACCAAAGAAAGAGGCUGACAUAGUGUUCGUGGUGGAACAACAGCAUCCAAACGAGAAGGUUUUCAAGGAAAUGGUUACCCCUUUGAUGGCUGAUCUCAGAGAGGAAUUGAAGCAACAAGGAAUUACAGACGUGCACAUCGGUCUGAUUGGAUUCAGCGAGAACACCAAGUGGCCACAGCACUACACUAUAAAUGGCAAUCCUAACAUCGAUGGUGAAGUGAAGAACAUCAAAUUCAGUGAGAAGAAACCUAGCGUCAGUCUGGAGGAAGCAAAGGAAGGCGACACGGAAAAGAAGAUAACCUACUUGCACCAGAAGUUGGACGUUGAACUGGGAACGUUCAGAUUGACCGAUGCCUACGAGGAAGCUAUUCGAUAUCCAUUCAGACCUGGUGCAGCCAAAGUAGUAAUUGGUGUGAUCGCAAAUCCAUGCGAGAAGAGUCCAUUCCCUAUUUCUCUGCAACAAAUAAGGCUUCUGUUGGGCAUGAAAAUCUACCGCGAUCUCGGUCUUACCUAUCAUCACAUAUCAUACCCGAACGAGCUACUUGUAUCGGGUAAACCCCAGAAGAAUAUCGUCGGCUACGAUCAAGAUAACGCGUACACGUUUGCUGAUAGCAAGAAGAAGCCUCUCAGCGGAAGCAGCGACAUGAAGAACAACCUCGUCGCGACGACCAACGACGUCUGCGCUGAUUUCGCAGUUUCCUCUGGAGGAGCAGCGUUCAGUUCGGACAACUUCCUGGACGCGAAACCGAACCAGAAGAAGCAAUUCAUUCAAGUGGCUGCGAAGAGGGUCGUCGAUGGUUUGGUUAGCGUAGAACUCGAGAAAGAUUGCUCGUGCGAUUAUCAAUUCGGUUUCGUCGGGCGUACUCAAUGCAAAAUCGUCGGUCGCAAGGAGGCACCCGCGAGAUCCACCAAGGGAGUGAAAGGUUAAGAUAGGAGCUCACCGCGCAGACUAAUUACCAAUUAAUUUAGCUAUAAUUGUAUUUGUUACUUUGUUAUAACACAACAGGCGUCUUUUUUGAUACUUGUAAGCGAAUUAAAACGUUCAUCAGACCUUACAAAGCAAAACGGGGUCGAAAGAAUCACGAGGACUGAGUGUUAAUUCAUACACAGUCCUUAUCUUAUUUUCUUCACGCGUACGUAACAUCGUGGACGUGAGAGAAAACGUGAAUCGUCGUUUAUUUAGCCGAAAACUUUGUGUACAUCGAAGAGAAGAAACGCGUAGGUAUUAAAAUUGCGUGACGAUCAAAGUAAUCAUAGAGAAAGAUGUAAGAGGGUGAGGAAAUAAAAAAAAAAUGUAAGACGACGAGUAAACAGGGGAUGGAUAUCGAUUCGAUUUUACGGUACGAUUUGUACGGCUUACCUUUAUUAAAUUAAGAUACCGAUGCUGUACGACUCGAGCCUGUUAAUCUGAAUUCAAUACCUAACCGACGUAUCGUUUAUCCUCGAUACUAGAUGCUAUGUCUGACUUGUGAAGAAAUAUACAUUACAUUGUUCUUAUGUGUACCAUC